CGAGCUAUCAAUGUGCUAAUAUUGGUUUAGCGACUGCAUGGUAAUCAGAUUUUUCUGGCCAAAUUUACCUGUCCGAUCGAGGAUACCUGCCAAAAUCUUGAAAUUUAAUCAAGGAGAGUAACUUGGAUGCAAAACUUGGACUUCAAAAUGGCUUACGUUUGUUUCGUUACUGUAAUCGUUGCUCUGUUAGGGGUCUGUUUACCAAUGGUUUCAUCUUUGGAUUGCUAUUCUUGUUUCUCUUACGAAUCGGACGAGGAAUGCGAGAGUCAGUACAGUCUGAAGAAGAUAACCUGUCAUGRACAAUACGACACGUGUCUGAAGUACGAGAUGAAGAUUCGAAUCCUGGAAUCCAUCAAUGGCAAAGCUAAGUACGUUGUUAACCCGGGGUUCGCAAGGUAUUGUGGGCAUAAAGAGGACUGCCGUUCAACACCUCAGGUUUGUCGCCAUACAUUCCGACAUGACGGAGAAGUCCAAGAAUGUAAAAUCACGUGUUGUGAUGAUGACAUUGACAACAGUAAAUGCCAUGAAACACCGCACUACCCUGGCAUCGAGGGCUCAAACAGCAUCCUGACAUCAAACAACACCGUUGGCAAAGGAGCCCGGGGUGGUCGUGGUACUCGCCUAUCAGCWUCUAUAUGGUUCCUUUUCAUGACUGGGGCACUUAUCUGGAUGUCUGUGUGAGGACUUAAGGGACCCAGAAGYGCAAGUAAUGUUAUGAAAUUGAAUUAGUUAUUAGGAAUCCUACUUAGUUACUAGGCCCUUCUAAGGAGCGGGACGACCUGCGAGAUACCCGUUACAAAAUCGUAAGUUAAAUAAUGUUCUAUAACGUUCAAAGUAUUAUAAAUGCCAGCCAAAUUAAUUUCACAUUUUUAGGACUCAGUAUCGUUGGGCUUAUUCUUAAGAGGUGUCGUUUGAUUGUGAAAAAUUACGUGAGAGAAAACUAUGCUGCGUAGUCAUGGAGAUGGCCAUCCCAGCAAUGACGUCAUCAGCGCUAACUAAUUAUAAUACUGCUCAGCCUCUGAUCUUGUGAAGACACAUCGUCAUAUUGUUGCCCAUGACAAUAGUUACAAAUAGUAUAGCUCAACAUAAGAAAUCUUCAUGGUAACAUACAUAACGUUGUAUCAAACAGUAAUCAUGGCUACACUUGACAUGUAGUCAUGGCUACGCAUGACACGUAGUCAUGGCUACACAGGGCACGUAGUCAUGGCUGCACAUGACACAUAGUUAUGGUUGUGCACACAUACCGCGUCUGACUGGAAMUCUUUUCACAGUCGUACGACUAUCAGCUCUGCUAUAAACCAAAUUCAAAACCUGACCGAUGUGAGGCUUUAAGUUGUGAACAAAGGAAUCUGGCGUGAUUCGUGACUUUUAAAUCACGCCAGAUUACUUUGAGUCACGCCAGAUCCCUUUGUUCACAACUUAAGCCUCACAUCGGUGCGAGUYUUGAAUUUGGUCUAUACCACGGGCGUAGACAGAUUGUCUUUGGGUGCCUCUCUUUUAAUUGAUCCAUAUGCUUUUGAAGAAGGGAGAGGGUAGUCUCGAGAAAGGAAUGUUUUUUGGGGGGGAGAAUAUUACGGUUUUCUCCCUUCACCCACCGUACAUUUUGUCUACGUCCGGAAUAAAUGCAUGUCAUUCAAAAGGAAGUAGAUUAUUUUUUGAAAUGUCAUAUUUAAUUUAAUAAUUUUGGAUUCGAGCCAGAAAUCCGUUAGUUUUCAUGUCGUACUUUUGAUUUCUAUAUUUUUGCUAAGUGCUUGUUUAUACCAUUGUAUUCAUUGCCCAUUGUAUUCAUAUUGAUAAUUGAUAAUAAUAUCUACCUUAUUCUUACCAACUUUCGCGAUAAAAAAAAACAGCGAAAUUUAACGCGCGCGAAAAAAAAGAUUUCGCGAAAAUAAUUCCGCUGAUUAUUGCACGUUUUAUACUCAAAUUUUUUCUUGCAAUCUCGAAAAUUAAUACUUGCGAGAUUCGGCUCCCAAAUUUUCUCGAAAUUAAGUACACGCAAAAAUUAGCAAGAAUAAGGUAAUUUGUCAUAGCUAAACGAUCGCUUGAUUUUUCAAAGUCAUUACGAUGAAUUGCCAGGAUUAAAAUGCAGUGC